CACCAUAAUGGAAAAGAAGAAGAAGAAUACUCGUGCGUUGUACCGUUUCCCUCCAUUAUUGCAGUGAUUUAAAUUGUUUACGGAAUUCUUGAGCGGUGAGUGAAUCCUGCCAGUUAUCUGUCAUUGAGCCGGCCGGCCACCUCAGCGAGCAGCCAUCAGUCACUGGGUCUCAGAUGGCGGAUGUUAGCGGGGAUGCUUCAGCUUCUCCCAGGCAGAGGAGUGAAAGCAGGAGCGAGACUGGAGAUGCUGCCCCUGGAAACCAGACCCUGUCCAAGAGGCAAAAAAAGAAGCUCCUGAAGCAGCAGAAAUGGGAGGAAGAGAGAGAGCUGCGAAAACAGAGAAGAAAAGAGAGGAAGCAGCAGCGCAAACUGAAACGACAGAACACCCAGCAGGAGAACAGAGGAGAUGGUCUGAGUGGCCGGAAACGGCCAUGCACAGAGGCCACGCCCAGCUCUCUCAGGCUGCUGGUGGACUGCAGCUUUGAUGACCUCAUGCUCAUCAAGGACAUUCGGAAGCUCCACAAACAGAUCCAGCGCUGCUACGCUGAGAACAGACGGGCUUCACACCCUGUUCAGUUUUAUCUAACAAGUCUGGGGGGACAGCUGAAGCAGAGCAUGGAUGAAAAGGACAAAGGAUGGGUGAACUGGAAGGAUAUCACCAUUAAAGCAGAACAUUACAGUGAAGUGGUGGCUAAGGAUGAGCUGGUGUACCUGACCUCAGACUCCCCCAAUGUAGUAGAGGAGCUGGACCAUAAGAAGGCCUAUGUGAUUGGAGGCCUGGUGGACCACAACCACCAUAAGGGCAUUAGUUAUGAGCGGGCGAAGGAGCUGGGGAUCGGCCAUGCACAGCUUCCUCUGAACAGUUUUGUUAAAAUGAACAGUCGGAAGGUUCUGGCGGUCAAUCAUGUUUUUGAGAUCAUCCUGGCUUAUCUGGAGAAGGGCAGCUGGCAGGAGGCUUUCUUCACCGUUCUGCCUCAGAGAAAGGGAGCCGUAGCCGUCAGCCAGGAUGGAACAAACCGCCAGGAGAACCAGGAUGAUGACGAAGAUCCCGGUUCUUACUCGGACCUGGACGCAGCAGAGCAAACAGCUAUUGGAGACCAAAACUGACUAAUGGACACAUCCUAGCUUAGUACGAACAUCUGAGGAACUGAAAAUGUGAAGAAAAAAAAAAUCAUUUUCAGGCACUUUGUUUUACUGGAUAGUUAUUAAUAUUUUUUGCUUUGCUUUAGGGAGAAAUUAUGUUUCUCAGCAGUUUUCUGGCAUAUAAUUUUCUUUCUGUUAGACUGUUGUUUGGACCGACAAACAGAAAUGUUAGACCUGUGCCAAAUUGAAUAAUUAAAAAAAAAAGAAAAACAUAUGUGAAAGCAUAAAACCAAAACACAACUCUUUUUUGGCAUUUUGGUCAUCCAUUUUGGUAAAAAUGAGCUUCAAACCCAACUGAAGUUUAUGUUCUGGCUCCUAUGAAGUUCACUGAAUACUUCAGUUUCUUCUCAGACUUAAGGCAUAUUUAAGUAUUUUUUUAAAUGUAUCUUUAUUGAAUUAUUUAUAAUCUUACAAAGAACAACUUAAUGUGGACAUCAAACAGCACAUGAAAUAAAGAGGUCAUCGAAGGACGGAGACAGAGAUGCAUCCCAUAAAAGAAAAAGUAAAUGGCCAUAAUUUUGAAUAACAGGCUACAAUUUACCUUGAUGAAAUGAUGAGAUGAGGCAUUGGCCCAAACCCACCAGCUUUGAACACAAGGACCCCCAAACAAGUCUCUCUACUACAAAAUAAGAAUGGGGAAGGAAUCCCCUGGGGCCAUUGCACUAACAUGGAUUAAUCAACUUAUUAGGAAGUUAACAGUUGAGAGUUUCUCAGCUAAUUUAUUUUGGCCAGCCCCAAACCACAUUUACCGCUCAGGAUAAAAAAUUGUCACUGAAUCACCUUUUGAGUUUAUAUGUUAACCAUUUUGACCCAAAUUUUUGGGCUUUGUAGGGACAAGGCAAGCAUUUCCAUUUCCCAGAUUUCUUGUAUAGUAGCUGACCAGUCUUUCAAUGUUGGAACUGAUACUAAUUAAUUCAC